UGUGUAUGUGUGCGUGGACUUUAUGUAUGUAUGUGUGCGUGUACUAUGUAUGUAUGUGAGCGUUACGUACGUAGGUUAAGUACAGGGAAUUUAACACCAGGCUGUCAAUUAGUAGGUUCAAAAAUUUGACAGAGAGGGUUCUCUAUUUCCUAUGUAUUACUUUUCUCUAUGGUUUGUGACAGCUUCAAGAUUUGUGUUUUUGUUCUUGUUAUUUUACUUAUUUGUUGUAAAAACUUAAGAAAUAUCGUGCCUUUUACAUUUUGUUUGAUUAAUUAGUUAGUUAAGCAUAAUCAUGAGUUCACCAACACCUGAUACGCCGGCGUCUGAUAGAGACGGAGCGCGGUCCAGGAUGACGUCACCAGCCCGGGAGUACGAGAUGUUUGAGGAUGAGGGGGACAUCCUCGGGGAUAACCCUAAUGAGGAGGAAGAGGAUGGGGAAGAACUGUUUGGUGACAAUAUGGAAGCUGAUUACCGUCCAAUGCCAGCGCUGGAUCGCUACGAUAAUGAAGACCUGGACGAAGAUGACUACAACCCGAUGUCCAUCGAGGACCGAGUGGCGGCCGAGCAGGAACUCCGCCGCCGGGACCGCGACGAAGGCAGGGUGCGGAGGGACGACCGUGGUUUGCUGUACGAUGAUUCCGACGAAGAGGGCGGUGAAGCGCCGCGUGCUAAACGCCGCCGCGCCGCCGAAAAGGCAGCUAUGGGUACUGACGAACAAGUGGAAGAGGGUAUUGAGAGUAUCGAGAACUUAGAGGACACUAAAGGAUACACCACCAAGGAGUGGGUGUCUAUGCUGGGACCGCGGACUGAGAUUGCUAACAGGUUCAAAAACUUCCUCCGCACAUACACAAACAGCAAAGGCCAGUUCGUAUACAAGGACCGGAUCCGUCGAAUGUGCGAGCACAAUCAGGCGUCUUUCCACGUGGAAUUCGACGUGCUCGCUCGUCGUGAGCAAGUACUCGCUUACUUCUUGCCCGAAGCGCCUUUCCAAAUGCUGCAAAUAUUCGACGAAGUCGCCAAAGAUAUUGUGCUACAAAUCUUCCCCAGUUACGAGAGGGUUACAUCAGAAAUCCACGUCCGGAUAUCUGAUCUUCCAUUGAUUGAAGAGCUAAGAACGUUCAGGAAACUGCAUUUGAAUCAACUUGUGAGAACGGUGGGAGUGAUCACAGCAACUACGGGAGUGUUACCUCAGCUUUCCGUUGUGAAAUAUGACUGUAAUAGAUGCGGGUAUAUCUUGGGACCGUUUGUUCAGAGCCAAAACUCUGAAGUGAAGCCGGGGUCUUGUCCGGAGUGUCAGAGCGCUGGGCCGUUUAUGGUGAACAUGGAACAAACAGUGUACCGCAACUACCAGAAGGUCACCAUCCAGGAAUCCCCGGGCCGCAUUCCCGCGGGACGCAUUCCUCGCAGUAAAGAGUGCGUGUUACUUGCCGACCUGUGCGACCGCUGCAAGCCGGGCGAUGAGGUGGAUCUUACUGGCAUAUACACGAAUAACUAUGAUGGGUCUUUGAACACGGAGCAGGGUUUCCCAGUAUUCGCCACGGUCAUCAUAGCUAACUACAUAGUAGUGAAAGACUGCAAGCACAUAGUCGAAUCUCUGACAGACGAAGACGUGGCUAACAUCAUCAAGCUAUCCAAAGACCCUCAGAUAGGGGAGCGCAUAGUGCAGAGCAUAGCCCCUUCGAUAUACGGACACGAAUAUAUUAAGAGGGGUUUAGCCUUGGCACUGUUUGGAGGGGAGGCGAAGAAUCCAGGCGAAAAACACAAAGUGAGAGGCGAUAUUAAUGUUCUUAUCUGUGGUGAUCCUGGUACCGCUAAAUCACAAUUCUUGAAGUACACAGAAAAGAUAGCUCCAAGAGCCGUGUUCACAACUGGCCAAGGUGCCAGUGCCGUCGGUUUGACAGCUUAUGUCAGGAAAAACCCUACCACCAGAGAAUGGACAUUAGAAGCCGGUGCUCUGGUAUUAGCGGACCGCGGCGUGUGUCUUAUCGACGAGUUCGACAAGAUGAACGACCAAGACCGCACAUCCAUCCACGAGGCCAUGGAGCAGCAGUCCAUCUCAAUCUCUAAAGCCGGCAUCGUCACGUCGCUGCACGCCAGAUGCUCUAUAAUAGCAGCCGCCAAUCCGAUCGGGGGGCGAUACGACGCGUCGCUCACGUUCACAGAAAACGUCAACCUCUCUGAACCGAUUCUGUCCAGAUUCGACGUCCUCUGCGUGGUUAGAGACGAGGCCGACCCUAUGCAAGACGCACAUUUGGCUAAAUUCGUAGUCAGCUCUCACAUCCGCCACCACCCGACGCAGCAAGGCACCGUGCUAGAAGACACCAACGGCCCCGACCCAGAGUUCACGCUGCAGCAGGACUUGCUCAAGAAAUACAUCGUGUACUCCAGAGAGAAUGUGCACCCUAAGUUACAGAACAUGGACCAAGACAAAGUGGCGAAAAUGUACAGUCAGCUUCGACAAGAGUCGCUAGCUACGGGAAGUCUGCCCAUCACUGUGCGACACAUCGAGUCGGUAAUCCGCAUGAGCGAAGCGCACGCCCGUAUGCACCUACGAGCGCAAGUGUCAGAGCAGGACGUCAACAUGGCCAUCCGCACCAUGCUAGAAAGCUUCGUGGAAACGCAGAAGUACAGCGUCAUGCGUGCCAUGAGACAGACAUUCCAAAAAUACCUGGCCUACAAAAAAGACCACAGCGAGCUCCUAUAUUACAUCCUACGUCAGCUUACAAUGGAUCAACUGGCCUACAUGCGUGGUCUACAUAACCAUUCCCAGUCUACCAUCGAAAUAUCCGAGCGAGACUUGGUUGAGAGGGCCAGGCAAAUCAAUAUCACAGAUCUGAAACCGUUCUACGAUAGCAGGAUAUUCAAAAUCAACGGUUUCUCGUAUGACCAGAAGAGGAAAGUCAUUGUUCAUACGCUACCUGAAACACCAACUGAAACUAACUGAUAGUGUAUGCAAGUUGUAAUUUUUGUUUAGUUCAUAGGUAUAUUGUUAAAUAGGUACUAUACCUUAUGUAUCGCUCUCUGUAUGUUUAAGAGAAAAUAUUUUUGUAAGAAAUUAUCUCCUUUUAAAACAGUACAAAGAAUAUUUUUAUAUGUUUUUGUGAGUGAGAACUUUUCUGUAAACAUGAAGAAAGCCUAAUCUCAUUGUUUUAUUAUUUCGUUUAAAAAAAUCCCUUUUUUGUUAAUGUAUUAUGUCUACCUACACCUUUUGAUUGAAUUGACUAAACAUGAAAAAUUUAAAUGAAGAAUGUUUUUCUUAUUUACAUAUUUUAGAAGAAGCAGGUAUUCCCAAAUGUAAAUUAAAGCAAAUAGUAAAAUGAUCACGGUUAUGUAAUGCCUUAUGUACCUUAAAUUGCCAGUUUAAUUAUAUUAUUGUUUCUGUAUAAUAAAAUAGUUAAGACCCACCUUUUAGUUUUAUGAUUUUACUAUAAUAAUCUUAGGUAAGGAUUUUUUGCUGAGUUAUUCAGCAUAUAAAUAAAUACAGUCCCCCCUCUAUUUACCGAUAUACCAUAGCAGAUGCAAGAAAAAACUAAACUAUUCAAAUAUUAUGGUCCUUGAAAAUGCUCACUAUUCUCAUGUAUUCCAAACAAAACCAAUAUUUUGUAGGAUAUCUUCUUUGUCUAGUUAAUAGUACAGCCUAUGACUUCAAACCUACAUAAAACUGAAUAAUGUUUUAUGUGUGUAAAUGCAUUGCAGUGUUUUUGUUUGCUAGAAAUAGUAAUAAUGCAACAUGUGCCUUAUCCGAUUCUUAGUGACGAGAUCUAAUUAGAUAAUUAAGUAAUAAUUAAUCUGUUUAUUAAUGUAGUAUGUUUAGUUAAUAAUAAAAUAAUGAUGUUGAUUGCAUUGUAUUAAAUCAAACACAAGUUAAGUUUCCAUCAAAAUUGUAUUCAUUUUUUAUCAAAAUUCAUGUAAUGACAUUUUUCUAAUAAAUGAUUUUUGAGAGAAUCUAAA